UAACCUCCGCCCAAAAAACAACCUCCUAUUCGCUGAACAGCGCACGUCCCGCCUACUUUUCUGAAUUCCGCAGCAGAGCUCGCCCUCUGAUUGGCCGAGAGGUUCAGAGUGCAAGGGCCAUAACAAACAAGACCAUCGGGAUGGACGCAGCUACGUUGACGUACGACACACUUCGAUUUGGAGAAUUCGAAGACUUUCCAGAGACCUCAGAUCCCGUGUGGAUCUUAGGGAAGGAAUUCAACGCACUCACAGAGAGGGAUGACAUCCUCUCAGACGUUACGUCGCGACUGUGGUUCACGUACAGAAAAAACUUCCAACCAAUCGGGGGUACCGGUCCGACGUCGGACACCGGCUGGGGGUGCAUGCUCCGGUGUGGGCAGAUGAUCCUGGGACAGGCCCUGGUCUGCAGACACCUUGGGAGAGACUGGCGGUGGGAUAAAGGCCAGCGGCAGCGGGACGCCUACGUCAGCCUCCUCAACGCCUUCAUCGACAAGAAGGACAGCUGCUACUCCAUCCAUCAGAUCGCCCAGAUGGGGGUCGGCGAGGGGAAGUCGAUAGGACAGUGGUACGGACCAAACACAGUAGCCCAGGUGCUCAAGAAACUGGCCAUGUUCGACAGGUGGAGUCGGCAGGUGGUCCACGUUGCCAUGGACAACACGGUGGUCAUCGAAGACAUUAAGCGGCUGUGCAUGCCCUGGCUGGACUACGGGGGCGCGUGUGCAGACCCAGGGGGCGCCAGCGCGCUGAACGGUUGCAUGGAGGGCGCGGGGGCCAUGGCGGAGGAAGAGGGCCCCCUGUGGCGGCCCCUGGUACUGCUCAUCCCCCUCAGGCUGGGCCUGACGGACAUCAACGAGGCCUACAUCGAGACGCUGAAGCAAUGCUUCAUGCUGCCUCAGUCUCUGGGUGUGAUCGGAGGGAAACCAAACAGCGCCCACUACUUCAUCGGUUACGUAGGCGAGGAGCUGAUCUACCUGGACCCCCACACCACCCAGCCGUCCGUGGAGCCCAGCGACGACGGCCAGGUGCACGACGACACCUACCACUGCCAGCACCCGCCCUGCCGCAUGCACAUCUGUGAGCUGGACCCGUCCAUCGCCGCGGGCUUCUUCUGCAAGACGGAGGACGAGUUUGACGACUGGUGCAUGCGCAUCCGACGGUUGUCGUGCAACCGGGGGAGUCUCCCCAUGUUCGAGCUGGUGGAGUCCCAGCCCUCCCACAUGGUCAGCGUGGACGUGCUGAACCUCACCCCUGAUCCCCUCUACGCAGACUUCCCGGACUCGGACCGACUGGAGCGCUUCUUCGACUCGGAGGACGAGGAGUUCGAGAUCCUGUCCCUGUGACCCCCCCCCCCCCCGCGACCCCCAGAAACACUAAGAGACGCUUCCUUAACCCCGGACUCUCCAUCCCUCCCCUGGAGCGGAGGAGGCGCGUGGAGGAGGAGGAGGAGAGCACCAGCCACGCGCCGGCGUUCCUUCUCCUCUCCCGCUCCGGGAGUCGUUGCCAUGCGCCCCCCCCUCCGCAGCAGACAGGAGCCGGGGACCCCUCCUGUCUGCUCCCCCCCCCCCCCCCGCGCGCGGUUCCAUUCGAGUCUUAACACUUUGAAGGUUGAUUUUCUAGAAGUGAUAUACGGUGCCUUCCCCCCCCCCCCCCCCCCCCAGCAGCAGAGCCGUGCGUACGGUUUAUGUUGUCGUUCGGCCACAGCGGCUCGCACCUCGACCCACAGCUUCUCUCUAACCCCCCCCCCCCCCCCCCCCCCCCCCCCGUGUGUCUUCUAACAGCCUGUGAAGGACGCUGCCCCCCGCCUCCUCCUAACUUGUGUUUAAUUGUUCCUGCAAAACUACUCUGAUAGAAAUCUACAAAGAUCCAUACACACCACCUCACUCGAAGGCUAUUUAUUUACGCAGAAACACCGACCGCAUACACAGAUGACAGAACAACUGACGUGUAACAUCAAGGAUUCAAAAAGGGUAAAAAAUAAAAAAUGAUCUGUUGAAAUCA